GGGUGGCCUUCGGAAUUCACAGUUGGCCGCCUUCUGAUAAAACGUCUGCUCUGCUCUCCCUCUCUCUCUCUCUCUCUCUCUCUCUCUCUCUCUCUCAUUUCAACAUGUCAAUGAAUGGGGGGGUUGAGGUGAAGAGAUUGUUCAUCGGAGCAGGAUGCAACAGAAUAGUGAACAACGUGUCGUGGGGCGCCUGUGAUUUGGUGGCCUUUGGUGCCCAAAAUGCUGUAGCUAUAUUCUGCCCCAAGACUGCUCAAAUCUUGACCACGCUUCCGGGUCACAAGGCCUCUGUAAACUGCACUCAGUGGCUUCCAAGUAAUAAAUUUUCAUUUAAAGCUAAACAGUUAGAGAGGCACUAUCUGCUCUCUGGGGAUGCUGAUGGUGUCAUUAUCUUAUGGGAACUAUGUCUCCUUGACAGAAAGUGGAGGUAUGUGUUACAAGUACCACAAUCACACAAGAAGGGCGUCACAUGCAUUACUGGAAUUAUGGUUUCUGAAACCGAGGCAAUCUUUGCCUCUACUUCGUCAGACUGUACGAUCCAUGUAUGGGAAGUGUUGUUUCCAUCUACUACUGGAGGUGACUGCAAAUUGCUUUGUCUGGAAUCUCUCUUUGUUGGUUUGAAACCAAUGGUAGCACUUUCAUUAGCAGAAUUGCCUGGAAAUACUGGGCAUUUAGUUCUAGCAAUGGGAGGAUUAGAUAACAAGAUUCAUCUAUACUGUGGGGAGAGGACUGGAAAGUUUCUUCAUGCUUGUGAAUUAAAAGGGCACACGGAUUGGAUCCGAAGUCUGGACUUCUCAUUACCUAUAUGCACCAAGGAUGAAGCAAAAAGUAUUCUACUAGUAAGUUCGUCUCAGGACAAAGGCAUACGCAUAUGGAAACUGGCUCUACGGAGUUCUCUUGGCAGCACUCAGGGUGCAUACAGGAGCGAAGAAAUAAGCCUAGCAUCUUAUAUUGAAGGCCCUAUGUUUGUAGCUGGCCCAUCCUCGUAUCAAAUAUCUUUAGAAUCUCUUCUAAUUGGACAUGAAGAUUGGGUAUAUUCAGUGGAGUGGCAACCCCCUUUAACUGCAUCUGUAGAAGGAAUUGACUACCAUCAACCUCAAAGUAUCUUAUCUGCAUCUAUGGACAAGACAAUGAUGGUCUGGCAACCUGAAAGGACUUCUGGUAUCUGGAUGAAUGUUGUUACUGUUGGUGAAUUAAGUCAUUGUGCUUUAGGGUUUUAUGGUGGCCAUUGGAGCCCAAAUGGAGAUUCCAUUUUAGCACAUGGAUAUGGUGGAUCCUUCCACCUCUGGAAAAAUGUUGGGGUGAACCUAGAUAAUUGGCAACCGCAAAAGGUUCCGUCUGGACAUUUUGCAGCUGUGGCAGAUGUAGCGUGGGCAAGAUCUGGUGAAUACAUACUGUCAGUCAGCCAUGACCAGACAUCUCGAAUAUUUGCUUCAUGGAAAAAUGAGGCUUCUAGUGAUGGGGACUCUUGGCAUGAAAUUGCUCGCCCUCAGGUUCAUGGUCAUGAUAUUAAUUGUGUGACCAUUAUCAGAGGAAAGGGGAACCAUCGUUUUGUCAGUGGAGCUGAUGAGAAAGUUGCCAGAGUAUUUGAAGCUCCAUUUUCUUUUUUGAAGACCUUGAACCAUGCUACUUCACAAAGUUCUAGUUUCUCUGAAGAUAUCCAGGUAGAUGUUCAGAUUUUGGGUGCAAAUAUGUCUGCUCUUGGGCUAUCACAAAAACCUAUUUAUCUUCAGGCCACACAUGAGACCCCAUAUAGAAGUGGGAAUGAUGGUCUUGACUCCCUUGAAACUAUUCCCGAUGCGGUUCCAGCUGUGUUGACCGAACCCCCAAUUGAGGAUCAACUGGCAUGGCAUACACUCUGGCCAGAAUCACACAAACUUUAUGGUCAUGGAAAUGAGUUGUUUUCUUUGUGCUGUGACCAUGAGGGGAAACUUGUUGCUUCGUCAUGCAAGGCCCAAUCCGCAAUGGUAGCAGAAAUAUGGUUGUGGCAAGUGGGUUCAUGGAAGGCUGUUGGUCAUAUGCAGUCACACAGUUUAACUGUGACACAGAUGGAAUUCUCACAUGACGACAACAUGCUUUUGGCUGUGUCAAGGGAUCGCCAGUUUUCUGUUUUCACUAUCAAAAGAACAGGCAACAACGAAGUUAGUUAUCAACUUGUAGCAAGGCAGGAGGCACACAAAAGAAUCAUCUGGUCGUGCUCAUGGAAUCCACAUGGUCACGAAUUUGCUACGGGUUCACGGGACAAGACAGUGAAGAUUUGGGCGGUUGAUAAGGGAUCUUCUGUUAGGCAGCUUCUAACUUUGCCGCAAUUCAAUAGUAGUGUCACAGCAUUAUCUUGGUUUGGUUUUGGUCGCCAGGGAAACGAUGGGUUCCUAGCAGUUGGAAUGGAAAGUGGACUGAUUGAACUGUGGAGUCUCUCUGUCAAAAGAACCGAUGAUGGUAGCAUUGCAGCAGCAGGUGUAGCUACUGCUUCUGUUGUGCAACUCGAUCCGUUCAUGUGCCAUGUCUCUGCAGUAAAUCGUCUAGCAUGGAAAAAUACUAAGAGGGAAGAUUCCAGGAGCAUGCAGCUUGCUUCUUGUGGUGCUGAUCAUUCUGUUAGAGUGUUUGAGAUAAAUGUUGUUUAAUAACUGUUUUUUUAAUCUUUAGACAUUAUUUUCCCAUCCCCAA